AUGUUCAGCUUCAUCGUCUUCUGUGGUGUUUGGUUCCUGCUCACGGUUCAGAUCUGCAGAGGAAACUCUAUAGCAGUGAUCCGGUUUUCCAUCCCGGAGGAUCACACCGUCUGCCUGCCGUGUGCCGGCUCUGACGGCUCCGAUGUGAUCUGGACUCACCGGGACCAGAAGGUCGGCCACGGGACCGAUGCGGACAGCCGGCGCUACCGGCUGCAGCCGGACGGCGGCCUCUGCCUCCAGCGGCUCGACGACUCCGACAGCGGGAUGUUCAGCUGCAACCGGCAGCCGGUGGCCGAGCUGCAGGUGCUAACAGGCCAUGACUUCACGGUGUCUGCGGGCCGGACGCUGCUGCUCCCCUGCGGCCGCUCCCCAAAGCCCAAAAAGAAGUGGUCCCAGCGGAGAGCGGGAGGGCGGUGGGAGAACGUCCUCACCUGGUUCAGAAACGGUACGGUGAAACCAGAGAGGGGCCGGCUCAGCAUCGGGAACGAGGCCCUGCAGAUCCAGAACCUGAAGCCGGAGGACGCCGGAGAGUACAAGUGCAACGGAGAGUCCCGGGGCCGACUCACCGUCCUGACAGGGCGGCCGGAGCCGACCACCAUCCAGAGAACCACCAGCACGACGUUAACAGCAGUUGUCGUGGAAACAGAGGAGGUCGACGGGAAGGAGGAGAAGAAGAAGAGACCUGAGAACGCCGUGCUGCUGGUCUCUGUGGUCGGCUCGGCGCUGAUGGUCUUCCUUCUGGCCGCCGUCUGCGUUUUACUUACCAGCGUGAAGUGCAGCAGCAAGAAAUACAGACCUGCAGCAGAGCGGCGUGAAGACACCGAGCUGCAGCCAUGGACGACGUCCACCGCGCCACCCGGUAACACCGUGACACCUUUAGCCGAGCGGCGGGUCCACGAGAGUCCGACUCUGCCGGAGGAGGCGAUCCAUUACGCCUCUCUGGGUCGACAGAACUGGAGGGAGAGACCCAGCAGGACUCCGCCGGACCAGAACCAGGACCAGGACCAGGACCAGCAACACGUCAUCUACUCCUCUGUCGUCACCAGACCGGCCGCCAAGCAGAAACGUUAUGUGUGA